UUUUGUUAAUGUUCCCCACCCCCAUCCACCUCUGUUUGUACCCCACCCCUCUCACCAACCUUCUCCGAACCAGGAUCUGCUCCAAUUACCUGAGAAUGCCAAGGAGGCAGAAAGUGCGAACACUCAAACAGUUAUGUCUAUGUAACGUGGCGGCAAACAUGAAGGAAGUGUGGGCCAAGGAUUACAUGGAUAACUACCUGACCCAGUAUGACUUCCUGUACAUCAUUGGGCCAUUCAAUGACCUUGCGUCAAGUCUGGUUCAGGAUCUGCUGCAGUUACUGGGUGAGACACACCGUCUGAGCCGAGCCUACUUGCACCUUCUCUUGGUGCCACACUUGGUCGAGCUGAAUCUGAGGAGCUGUUCUGGGUUGGUCAGCAAUGCCAUUGGCCAAAUCAUUCACACUCGCUGCCAGGGUCUAACUGCUCUCGAUUUACAUGGAUGCAGCAGGAUCCAUUCGUCUCUCCUGGUGGAUCUGAUCGAGUGUCUGCCACGCCUUUAUAAGUUGACUCUGUCGGGUACCCAGUGUAACCUCCAGGUGCUAUCGGCUAUUGGGUGUACUUGCAGGGAGCUGAGAGAGCUGGAUGUGUCGAUGUGUAAAGCAGUGACCUCCUUGGCAUUGCUGCACUUGGUGUACGAUCAGAGCCGGGCAGCAUUUAACCCCCUGCGACUGGGCAAGCUCCUGACUGAAGGCAUCCAGCUCUGCCCGGACUCCAUGGAGCAGCAGGUGAUUAUUGUGGCCUUUCUCCUACUGGCUCUGCCCAGGUUAGAGUACAUCACUCCCACCUUCCUUGUGGAAGCACUAACUCUGAUUCACAGGCGCCUCUUUGGGAAAGGCCAGCAGUUUCUGCAUGGCCAAGGCUUCCCCUCUCUGGAGGAGGCCUCAGGCUUCACAGUGACACCAGGAGACAGCCCUUCACAGACAGCCCUCACUCUGAGACGGUUGGAUGUAGGCUCAGGGCAAGACCUCUCCAUCGUGACAUCCGUCUGCAGAGAGAUUGUAGAAGCCAGAAUUUCCCUUGACGAUGAGGUUGGGGAUCUGCAGUGCCUUAAUUCCUGGAAACAGCUGACUCACCUCUCUGUGGAUUGCUCUGGCAUUUACAGGAGGAAUUUGAGUGAGAUGGUCCCCAUUUUCACCUGCCUGGGCUCUCGUCUCCACUUCCUCUCCCUUCAGAACUUCCACUACCAUCUGGAAACUUCUAUUAGCCAUAUCCUGGGACUCUGUCCCAGUCUCCGUGUCUUCCAGGCUCUACUGCAUCCUCCUUCACAGAACUGCUACUCCGCCCUGAUAGACGAGGACAGCGAUGGUGAAGACGAUGACAAUCAGCUGGAUGAGAGCCUUUCGCUUCCCACAAACUGGCAUUUUCCCCACUUAAAGGAUUUCAGUUUGAGGAUUUUAGAUUCCACUGUCAUGCCUCGCACUUCCCAGCUCUCCCUGGGAGCAGCCCUGAUCUCCGCUCUGCGGGGAUCACCAAGGCUGGAGAAGCUAUCCCUCAUCAACAUCCACGUGAAUCUGGACAGGGUUUUCCAGAAGGUUCUGGAGCAGCCUACUUCUCUAGUGCAGUUAGCGGAGCUGUGUUUGUCCCAAAGCCGUGUGUCACCUGACUCUAUUCAGCUACUGAUGGCAACAGAAAACCAACUGACCUCCAUUGAUUUAAGGCACUGUCGUGAUAUCCAUCGCUGUCAUUGUGACCAGUUUGUGUCAGAUGUGAAACGCAGAAAGUUUGAUUUGAAAAUCGUCUGGGAGUAAUGUCUAAAGGGGACUGGUGAAGCAGGCAUGUUCUUGAAACUGCUGUCCUGUGACAGUCCUCAGAGUGUGGAUUUGAACGAGCAGAUGAUGAUGAUGAUGAUGAUGAUGAUUGAGGGAAGGUGAGAACAGCGUGGAGAGCCUUAUACCUGAGAGGUAUACACACACACUAACACACACUCAAACAACUAUAUUCACCUCUACUCACUAACACAGUCUCUCACACACACACAUACAGCUACAGGCACACAUGUAACACAGUGUUCAAAGGAGUUUAACUGUUUAUUUACAGUCUAGUCCAUGUAUAUUGUGCUUGAAUCAGUGUAAACCCAGGGAGACCUCUUGCAUACACAGUCUCAGAAACUCACUGUAUAUCUCUCCCUCUCUCUCAUACACACACAUACUUGCGCACAGGGAGGUAGGGGCAUGGUGGUAAUGUCACUGACCUAGUAACCCAGAGACUGAGACUAAUCUGUGGACCUGGGUACAAAUCUCACCACAUUAGAUUUGAAUUGAGUAAAUAAAAUAUGGAAUUGAAAACUAUGUCAGUAAUAGUGACCUCAUCAGCGCUUUUUGUGAAGACCAAAGACUAAUGUCCUUUAGGGGAGGAAAUCUGUCAUUCUCAUCUGGUCCAGCCUACACGUAACUCCAGACUCUCAGCAAUGUGGCUGACUCUUAUCUGCCUUCAGAAAUGGCUUAAUACGUCACUCAGUUUGAAGGGCAAUUAGGAAUGGUCAAUAAAGGGGGAGGCG